AUGUCCAGAUACGACCGCGCAAUCACCGUCUUUUCACCCGAUGGCCAUUUGUUUCAGGUGGAAUACGCUAUGGAAGCCGUAAAGAAGGGUGCUGUAGUUGUCGGCGUGCGUGGCAAGAACUCAGUCGUCUUGGCUGUUGAACGCAAGGAGACGGCCAAGCUACAGGAUCCACGUACCGUGCGCAAGAUCUGUAAAGUAGAUGAUCACAUCUCAAUUGCCUUUGCUGGACUCACAGCCGAUGCUCGUGUACUCGUGAAUAAAGCACGACUCGAGUGCCAGAGCUAUCGCCUUACGGUGGAGGACGCACCAUCCGUCGAGUACGUUGCACGUUAUGUCGCGCGUGUCCAGCAAAAGUACACGCAACGUGGUGGCGUCCGACCGUUUGGUAUUUCGAUGCUGAUUGCCGGCUGUGAUGACGAAGGCGUGCCCCAACUGUAUCAAACCGACCCGUCUGGUACCUUUUCGGCCUGGAAGGCCAACGCCACAGGCCGCAACUCGACCAAUAUUCGCGAAUUUUUGGAAAAGAACUUUGUAGAGAAUGCUACCGAGGAAGAGGCCGUGUCUUUGGCUAUCAAGGCAUUGCUCGAGGUUGUUGAAUCAGGCAGCAAGAAUAUUGAGAUCGUCGUCGUGAGAAUGGGCGGCAAAGUGUCGCCACUUGAAGAUGAAAAGGUGAACGAACUCUGCGAUAAGAUUGAAGCUGAGAAGGAGGCCGCUCGCCAGGCAAGCGGCGAGAGCAAGUCAUCUGCAUAG